AUUAGGUCUCAAAAAGUUUGAAUCCUGUUGCAGCAUAUCCUUAAUAAUCUCAAAUUCAAUUCACUCACUCACUCACUCGAAGAUACCAUCGGAUCUAACCCUUGUCUCUAUAGUCUAUACGAUCCCAGUUUUUUGCGUGACGACGUUGUUGGGAAUCUUGUUCACUUAGGUUUCACUCAAUCACUUUCUGGAGAUUAUUUGCGUUUGCCUGGAAUUACUUGAUAGCUUGACAUGCGGAGAGAGCAACCCCGGUCUCCUUGCCUAACUGAUGUGGAGCCAGACAGAAUCAGUUGCUUACCGGGGCACGUGAUAGACCAAGUUCUGUCACAUUUGUCAAUUAGGGAAGCAGUGAGAACAAGUGUUUUAUCUAGCAAAUGGAGGUACAAAUGGGCCACACUACCGAUUCUUGUGUUCGAUACCCAUUGCGUCUCGGUGGCUUCUCAGGACCAUAUGAUUAUCAAGAACAAGCUUUUGAGGAUUAUAGAUCACGUACUGCUACUCCAUUCUGGGCCAAUCAACAAGUUCAAGCUCUCCCAUCGUGAUCUCAUUGGUGUGACUGAUAUCGAUCGUUGGACUCUUCAUCUAUGCAGAAAGUCUAUCAAAGAGUUUGUGCUGGAAAUCUGGAAAGGGCAACGUUAUAAGAUCCACUCUUGUUUAUUUUCUUGUCAAAGUUUGACUCAUUUAGAAUUAUUUAAUUGUUGGCUUAAACCUCCGUCAACAUUUCAAGGCUUCAAGAACUUGAAGAGUCUUGAUCUGCAACAUGUUACCUUGGCUCAGGAUGUUUUUGAAAACUUGAUAUCCAGCUGCCCUUUGCUUGAACGGUUGACAUUGAUGAACUUUGAUGGCUUCACUAAUCUGAAUAUUGAUGCACCGAAUCUCCUGUUUUUUGACAUUGGAGGUAAAUUUGAGGAUAUUAGCUUUGAGAACACUUUCCAAUUAGCUGUGGUAUCCAUUGGUUUGUAUUUGAACUUUGAAAUCAAUCAAAGUAGAUUGCAUGGAGGCUCUAGCAAUUUGCUCAAAUUUUUUGUUCAUCUGCCACACGUGCAAAGGCUAGAGGUUCAAAGCUAUUUUUUAAAGUAUUUGGCAGUGGGGGUUGUGCCAAUAAAGCUUCCAAGACCAUGCAUUGAUCUAAGUUAUCUUUCCAUACGAAUUAACUUCAAUGAUUUGAAGGAAAUUUCAGCUUCUCUUUGCCUCUUAAGAAGCUCACCUAAUCUACAAGAACUAGAAAUAUUGGCUCGACCCGAGGAGCAGACGGUUCUGUUAACACACACCUAUUGUUGGGAAGAUGUCUACUUUUCUUGUCCGGUCAUGCAACUGCGAUAUGUGAAGAUAGAUGGCAUAUCUGGUAUCAAACCCGAGUUAGAUUUUAUCAACUUUCUACUUCUACACUCUCCUGUGCUAGAAAGGAUGACUGUGAAGCCUGUUGCAAACGUUGGAUUAGAACUGAUGAAAGAACUGUUGCGGUUUAGGAGAGCCUCAGGACAAGCUGAAAUUAUUUACCUGGAACCUUCUUAAAGCGUGUUUGGAAACACUUUUUACUCCCGAAAAAAUCAGGUUCAUGACUUGAAAAAUGUAAAAGCUAAAACUAAUAGCGUUCACUUUAAUGUGAAAAAUCACAUCUGUAAUUUCCAAACAUGCACUUUAAUGCCUUUUUUUUUAAUGAAUUUUUAAAUGUAUAUAUAUACAUACAUAUAUAUAUAUAUAUGUAUGUUUAACCCU